AGGUGAACGGGCUUGUGAGAUAGUCAUACUAGGCACCACAGCCUGGGAAACCUGCAGUCAGGAGGGAGAGACGCAGGUGUCUCUGCUCAGGGGAGCUGACGGCGAGGGAGUCAGAAGCCGUGAUGGACUCUAGAGAGGAAACAUGGGUGCAGUUGCCCUGAACUGUGACAGUGGGGGAAAAUACAUCUGCUGAUCUCAAACCUAUAAACCUGUCUCCCAUCUGCAUGUACAGGCAGCCCAACAGGCGCGAAUCAGAUCUUUUCUACUCUGGAAGGCUCUGUGACCAACUGAAGAACUCUGUGACCAACUGAAGGCCAUCAAUCUGGAAAACUGUGUGCAGUAUCCGUCAGUCCCUCUCAAAAAUGAAUAUGGGAGAACCAGACUGGCUCAGUGAGGGUGAAGGCCUGGGAAAAGCCUCCUACGAAGAGUAACUGAAAAGAUUAGGGUUGUUAGCGAGGAGACUGAUAAGAGGGGACAGGAUAAAAGGCUAUCCAAAAAGAGGUGGGCUAGAGAAGGCAAAUCAGGACUGUCUGUUCUUCCUGUCUGCUAGUACAACAAGGGGAUGUUCAGUGAAAUUAAAAGGUGGCAAAUUCAAGGCUGAUCAGAGGAAAUACUUUUUCAGACAAUGGGUGAUUAAACUGGGGAACUCACUGCCACAGGAAGUUAUUGAGGUCAAAGACUAGAAAGCAUUCAAGGAGGGAUUGGAUGUUUAUAUGGCUAACAAGAAUAUCAGCAGUUAUCUCAAUUAAUGAUAAAGAUUUUGGAAGAGAUAUAAACCCUCUCUCAUUUCACUUCUCCUAGCCCUUGGAGUUUUCCAACCAGGCAAAGUAUGGACUGGCACAGUGUGUGCGGGUUGAAGAUGCCAGCUCUCAGCCUACAGUGCAUUCGAGAUCAGAAGAUUCCAAUUGCUGUGUGUGUCAUCAUCGCAGUGCUGGUCUCCGUUAUAAUUGCACUGGCUGUGAGAACCCCCCAGACUUGCCCACCCCCCAUCAACACCGCGUGCCCGGACGGCUGGAUUGGAAACCGAGGCAAAUGCUACUUCUUCUCCGAGACGGAAGGGAACUGGACAUCCAGUCAAAACAACUGCUCUUUGCUCAGCGCCUCCCUGGCUGUGAUUGACUCCCUGCAGGACCUGGUUUUCAUGAUGCGCUAUAAAGGGCCCCCUCACUACUGGAUUGGCCUACGGAAGGAGCAGAACCAGAGCUGGAAAUGGCCCAAUGGAACCGAAUUCAACAACAUGUUUCCAGUGAGAGGGGAAGGGCAGUGCGCUUUCCUGAAUGACGCCGGUGUCAGCAGCUCCAGAUGCUACUCGGAGAGAGGUUCCAUCUGCAGCCGGCCAGAUGACUGCACUAGAAGGACGCCAGGCGCCGCCAGAGGGGACACUGUCUAAGCUUAAAGGACCGCUGCAAACUCUUCAGUGAUGGCAGAGCUUGCACCAUGGUCAUUUUUAGGGGGCAUCCUACCUCUGCAGCCAUGGCUCUGCGCAGACGCCUGCAGAAAACCCAGUGAUAAACACUAACCUCCUGCAAGAUUACUCCAUUACCACGCUGGGUUUUAAACCCUUUUGGUUUUUAAAAAAAGGUGAACGUUGGGGUCUCCUUGAUAUAAUUCUGUGACCUUCAUAAUGAACUCAGAUUCUGCAGAAUCUCAGCUUUUAUUUAUUUUUUUUUAAAGUGUAAGUUUCUAGCCCUUGUGGUUUCGAAGAUAACUGUUCUAAUACGAACAGAGCUUGAGUCUGCAAAGACUCAGAAAAGUGCCUUAUCAUCAGGGCCGGUGUAACCACUAGGCAAACUAGGCAGCUGCCUAGGGCACCAAGAUUUGGAGGCACCAAAAAGCAGUCCCCCAAAUUUUUUUUUUUUUACACUAUUGCUGGAAAAUGAAUGAAGAAAAGAGAAACAUCCUUGAACUUGCAUUUUAACUUGUCGCUCUUCUCUCGUACGUUAUAGCUAUAGCCUAUGCCAGCUCUGCAUUGCAGGCACAAGCGUACUGCUUCACUACAGUACAAAGUGGCAAUGAUGUCAUUUUUCUCGUCACGUGCAGCCAGUACCCGUUGUGACAGGCUGUUUAUAAUGCUAAGUCUACUAGUGUUCGGAGGCUGUUGACUGAGGCUAACCAUUUUUGUUGAGUUGUUUCAGAUCUAAGACGCUGGCAAGUUGCUGCUCUAUCAUUUCGCUAAUACUUUAUGUCACUAUGUUAAAGUAUUUGGGUGUAUAUGUUUAUCAUAUGCGAAUAUGCAUGCAUAGGUUGUUGAAAUUUGUCAUAUUGAUAUUGUCAGUUGUUGUUUAUGACAGAGUAGUUAUUUUAAGAUCCAUGCUAUGUUGUGCAAAGUGAAAACAAUAACAGUGUCAACACCAUCAGGUGUGACAAAGUUCCUCCUCUA